AUGCCUCCGAGAAAAUCUUCUAGAGUUAGCAGCCUCGAACGGCCAAACUACUCCGACUCCAUCAGAAGAUCCAGCUCCGUUGGAGGAAAGCCGCGACGUUCAGAUGAACCCGAACCAGCUAACCAAACCAACAGUGGAAGAAAUACAAGCAGCUCAGGACCUAGAGCAACAGAAUCAUAUCUUGAAAUUACACGAGCACCACUUCACCAAGUGGAGAGACGCACAGUCCGCGAACCCAAACAAUACACGGAACCUAAUGAUCUAUCUAGGAUUGUGGAAGUCGACUCACGACACUCUGACCAUUCUAAUCGGGGAGGAAGCCGUACGAGCCCUGUGCCAUCCUUGGGAUCCAUAUGUCGAGGAGAAAGCUCUCCUAGCCAGAACCUCAGGAGGUUUCAUAGGGAAAGAGCAGUACCUCAAGAGGCCGUCAAACCAGACCAACCAACAACAGAUCCAAGCGGAAUCCUCAGCCGGUCCAUUGAGAAACCAAUCGCAGAAGACGAACAACACUCCUUACAAGAAACCAAGCCAAGCGGACGAAGAAGCUCAGAACAUGCAACACAUGUUAUCCUUCAGCCGAGCUUACUACAGAGCAAUGAAAGGAAUGAAAGGUCCGAACAAGGGCAAAGGCAAGGAUCAGCCACAAUAAGUAACACAUUCAUAACUACUCUCAGUCCAUUUUUAAAUUCCAGAAGAAUUAUAAAAGAUGUAGGAAGUCCACCGUUGUUGUCAAAUGUUGUUACAGAUAUGCCAAAUGUUGUUUUCUCUAAACCUAUGCCCGCUAGUGAAGCUGUUAUUCAAGUCCCCGAAGUUCCAGUACGAAAUAAUAACACUUUUAAUAGCAAAACAUCUAUGCCAACUGACAAUGUGUUUAAACGUGCCACAAUUGAACUACAUAACAAAAGCCUAUCAAUAGAGCAAAAUGAAAUCAAACGUGCCACAUCUGAGAAAAAUAAAAUCAAUGAAAAUUCCUUGAUAAAACCAUUCCCAAACGAACAAAGUAACAAAAUUUAUGAGAAUAAAACUAAAAGUAUUGAAGAAAUACUCAAAGAGACGGAACAUAAAGUUUCUCCAUUUACGAUAAAAGGAUUACCAAGAACAACAAGUCCUUUAUCAUCAGAUAAAGAAUUCAGUUUAAAUACGAAAUUCAAACAUAUGAGAUUACAAACUGAGAGCCUAUCACCAAAAUCUAUUGCCUCCAUAGAAAAUAAUGAGAGCAACUUAGAAAGCAAACUUAAAGAAUUGCAUAGAAACGUGCAAGACGAGAUACAUCAGUCUACCAGACUCUUAAGCCAAAAAUGGGAUAAGUGCAUCCAUAUAAUAAAUGAUGAAAUAAGAAACAACUUAGAUGACAUCAAGAGCAAUGUUAAUCAAGUAGAUAUCGAAAAGAUGCUAGCAGUUCAUCUUGAAGAAGUCGACGACAUGAUUUCCAAUGAGAUAAUUAGUCAUAAAGAGAUAAUAGAAGCUAACUGUGGACAUCUAGCAGGCCUUAUUAACGAAGUACAUCGAAAAUUAGAAGAUCAUUCACACAAUUGCUCACUAAUCCACCAAAAUGUGAUUAGAAUAGUGUCGAUGAUAGACAAACUGGAGAAUAAAAUAACCUCACAACGAGUGGAAGAAGAACACUACGAUAUAGAGCCAGAGGAAGUUGUGGGAAACAACCCAUUCGCGCAUGAAUUUGUAAAGAAACCGGUAACACACCCUCCAGAAAGAGCGUUUGAGAGACCAGAACCCAAACAUAAAAAUGGUGCAACGAUAUCACAAGUAAUAAGCACAAAUAGUCCUAGUAACGAGCUAGAUGAGCAAGAUGCAACCAUAGAAAGUAAAUCCCGUACUUGGUACAACAGUAAGAAGAAGACCACUAAAGGAGCACCUUGGCUGGAAUGGAAGAAACUCAUCAAAGAACAGUUUGGUACGGAUCUUUGGAAAAAGAAGAUGGGAACAGCGUUUGAACGCGACAGAUUCAGAAACGAACAUAGAUUACGUCCAAUUCCUUGGUUGCUUACACAACGGAAAAGGAUCGAAGCUGCCUGGUCAUUCUUUACAACGAAAGAACAGAUUGAUCGGAUAUUAGGAAACUGCAACGGUGAGCUAGAGCAUGCCGUAAGAUGCAGAUUACAUGAUUACUCAGACUUUGAAAAGUUCAUGAAUAUCUUUGAGGAUAUAGUCACAAACACUUCGGUAGGAAAGGUAGCAAUGAGAGGAGAUAACAACCUCCGAGUUACUUUUACAAAUCAGAAAGACACAAAAACAUCUUAUGCCAAGGAAACCAAAGCUAAGGAAUAUGCGGGUAACACAUCCGGCACAGCAGAUCAAAGCAGCAAGCAGAGACCGCCCUUCAGGAAUCGAGAUGACAAACAAAGGUUUGAUAAGAAACCUAUUCACGCAGUUAGCUGUGAAGACGAUGAUUUCAAAUUUGAGGAACAAAUCGAAGACAAAGACAAUCAGGUUGAUGAAUCUAAGUCAGACACCAGCGAAGACGAAGGAGAUGAGUACUGCGUAAGAAAUGUAGACAUGUUUCUUUACAAAGGGAAUAUGAUGACUUCAGAGGUCGAAAAUCAGAAUGUCAAUACAGAUGAGGAAGAAACUCAAAAUAACACUACUUCAAUCGAGGAACUAGGUAAUAACCUUAGAGAAGCUGAAACUAUCAAUAGCUCAGUAGAACCAAUUCUUUUCAUAUUGCAACCAAUAACGGAAUUUUUAGAAAUCAAUUCAUUCCUGAAUAUCUCAAUCAAAGGAUUCAGAGGAACGAUGCUGGUAAACACGGCGAUAUUACCUUCAUUAGUACCAGCACAUCUUUUAGAAAGAUACUGGCCGACCUGGAAGAUGGAUAUGCAUUCAUACAAUGAACCGAGAAAUCAAGAAAGACCGACUAAUCAGACUACCUAUCAAAAUGGAACACCACGUGAAGCCAUGUUUCGUAAAUAUACAAUUCUUGAUAGUUCAAGAUGA